GUUACUCAGUAGGAUAGAGUUACAGGAAGCUUUCUUUUUGUGUUUUCCUGAGAACUUAUCUGCUUUUUCGGACAGCAGGGAUUUCUGAAUUAGAAUAAGGAUGGACAGUUAAUAAAAGUAUUGAGCAUCUCCAAGGAAACAGAAAACAGUAUGACACAAAAUACGAGCUUUCUCAAAACCUUUUUUCUUUACAAGUGUCUGUUUGCAUUAACUUUUUGGAACCAUGUCAGCCUGUCUGUGGAAGAUGAACUCUUCGCACCUGUUUCUAACAAUUUUCCAGAAGAUGGUUCUAACCAAAAAAUCAAGAGCCUGCCACUCCGGUAUACAAAGAAUAAUUCAUACAAAGCUAAUUUUGAUUGGGUUGUGAUACAAAAUACUACAGAGAGCUUGUCAUUGUCAGAAAUAACAAAUGACAAUGUAAAAAAAUUGGUAGAUUUAUUAUCUAAUUUCAGACAAGGAUCCAGGUUACAAAAUCUGACACUGACAAAUGUGUCACUGGAUUGGAAUGAACUUAUGAAAGUUUUUCAGACUGUAUGGCACUCAUCCAUUGAAUACUUCAAUAUUAACAGUGUAACACAACUGUCAGACAUUAGAAGUUAUGACUUUGACUAUUCUGGUACCUCAAUGAAAGCACUGACAAUGAAGAAAAUUCUAAUCACAGACUUAUACUUCAUACAGGAUGACCUAUACAGAAUAUUUGCAGACAUGAAUAUUGCAGACAUGACAAUAGCUGAUUCAGAGAUGAUUCAUAUGCUUUGUCCUUCAUCUAAGAGUCCCUUUAGAUACCUAAAUUUUUUAAAGAAUGAUUUAACAGAUUUUCUUUUUCAAAAAUGUGACAACCUACUUCAGCUGGAGACAUUAAUCUUGCAGAAGAAUAAAUUUGAGAGCCUUUACAAGGUAAGCUUCAUGACCAGCCACAUGAAAUCACUGAAAUACCUGGACAUGAGCAGCAACCUGCUGCGCCACGAUGGAGCUGACGUGCAGUGCCAGUGGGCUGAGUCUCUGACCGAGCUGGACCUGUCCUCCAACCAGUUGGCGGAUGCUGUGUUUGAGUGCUUGCCCGUCAACGUCAAAAAACUCGGCCUACAAAACAAUCAGAUCAGCAAUGUCCCCAGAGGGAUGGUGCAGCUGGAAUCCCUGGAAGAGCUGAACCUGGCAUCCAACAGGCUGGCUGACCUGCCAGGGUGCAGUGGCUUUCCGUCCCUGCAGUUCCUGAACAUAGAGAUGAAUUCGAUCCUCACCCCGUCUGCUGAGUUCUUCCGGAGCUGCCCAAGGGUCAGGGAGCUGCAGGCCGGGCACAACCCGUUCAAGUGCUCCUGUGAACUGCAGGCCUUUAUCCGCCUGGAGAGGCGGGCAGGGGGGAAGCUGUUUGGCUGGCCGGCGGCGUACGUGUGCGAGUACCCGGAAGGCUUGCGAGGAACGGAGCUCAAGGACUUCCACCUGAGCCUGCUGGCUUGCAACACGACGCUCCUGCUUGUGACAGCUCUGCUGCUGACGCUGGUGCUGGUGGCUGCGGUGGCCUUCCUGUGCAUCUACCUGGAUGUGCCGUGGUACGUGCGGAUGACAUGGCAGUGGACGCAGACGAAGCGCAGAGCUUGGCACAGCCCGCCCGGAGAUCAGGGGGCCGAUCUGCAAUUUCACGCGUUCAUUUCCUACAGCGAGCGCGAUUCGCUGUGGGUGAAGAACGAGCUGAUCCCGAACCUGGAGAAGGGGGAGGGCUGCGUGCGGCUGUGCCAGCACGAGAGGAACUUUAUCCCUGGCAAGAGCAUUGUGGAGAACAUCAUCAACUGCAUUGAGAAGAGCUACAAGUCGAUCUUUGUGUUGUCUCCCAACUUUGUGCAGAGUGAGUGGUGUCACUAUGAGCUGUACUUUGCCCAUCACAAGCUAUUCAGUGAGAAUUCCAACAGCUUAAUCCUCAUUUUACUGGAGCCUAUCCCUCCGUACCUUAUCCCUGCCAGGUAUCACAAGCUGAAAGCUCUGAUGGCAAAGCGCACUUACCUGGAGUGGCCGAAGGAGAGGAGCAAGCGUGCCCUAUUCUGGGCUAACCUGAGGGCAGCCAUUAACAUUAACCUGCCAAUAUCCAGUGAAGCAAAUGAGUAAUGCUACACCUGCUAGUAAUAUAAGUAUGUAAAUAACUGACUUGAUUGUUUUGCAUUAAACUCUGUUAAUUUUUUUUCUAUUUUCUUACAACAUUCCCAGUUUGUUGCAAAGUGUGGUACAUAUAGAAAUUGCUAUUGCUUAUUUUAGCCAUCCAAGUAGUAAGAGGUCAUCUGUAGUCGCCCUUCAUCAACAAAGAAUGAGAGAGAAAUUUUCAGUGUUUGACCUUAUUUUUAGGUUGCAUUUGUUUUGGACUUUUCCCAUUGAAAGCUAUAUUUGAA